AAACUUGACGGAGAAUGAUUUUCGUAAUCUUUUGCACUUGCUGGGUCAUCACCUUGCUUUCAGGAGCACUGGCCCAAAUGGCAUUCUCGGGACCACCAGGCGAGAUAUGCCCCGGAGACAACGUCACUUUCUCGUGUGUCGGAAACACCACAGCAACCGUUUGGAGCGUAACUAGUCCUGAAGGAGCGGACGGGCGCUGCGAAUACCUGCCGUUCAAC